ACAAUACAACGCAAGCUAGCUCAGCCCACUCAGCUCUCGCUCAGCUGUGACAAAAUAUUACAGAGUAUGCUUGGCGUCUCUUUGAACUUGGCAAGGGAACUUCGCUGCUUUGAAUCGAGAAUAAAGUCGAAAUUAGUGUCAUGAAGGUGGGUGCGUUUGUUAUGGACAAUAUUUGAUAAGAUCGUAAUAAUCGCUUCUCAUUCAUUACCCGCGGCUCAUACCCCUCUAAACGACAUUGCCCUGGGCGGCUACGCCCGGCCACUCGAUGUGUUGUGAACUGGCAGACGUCUUACAUGUUCGGGAGGGGUUACGACGGACUGGCUCAGACCGGUCACCGUGGAUAAACCGCACCCCCGACUUUUGCUUCUAUCCCGCCGAGAAAAAGUGGGUGUAUAACAUCUUGGAGAAGAAAGCUGAAUCAGAACGCAUUGUCUUUGAAGAUGCAGAUCCUGAAAUAGGCUUUGUUAUGUUACCAGACAUGAAGUGGGAUGAGAAACAAACAAACAAUCUCUACCUUAUUGUCAUCAUUCAUCAGCGAGGUAUCAAAAGUCUACGUGAUCUCACUGCGUCUCAUCUUCCACUGCUGCGUAAUAUCCAGGAAAAGUGUUUGAACUGCAUCCAAGACAAGUAUGGUAUACCAGCAGAUGAGCUGAGAGCAUAUCUCCACUAUCAGCCUUCCUACUACCACCUCCAUGUUCAUUUUACCCAUCUGAAGUUUGAUGCACCCGGUACCAAUGUUGGUCGUGCCCAUCUCUUAUCUUCAGUCAUUGAGAACAUUGAGCUGAUAUCUGAUUAUUACCAGAGGAAAUCUCUUGCAUAUGUCCUCAAAGAGAACGAUGGCCUCUUAGCAAAGUUUAGAGAAGCAAGAUGUGGGAAUGGAAAGUAGAAAUGGAGUUAAUCAUAUUGUGUUUACUUAUUGUUGUGUACAACAUGUAAACUAGCAUACAUGUAAGUCAACCUUUAAGUCAAAUAUUGGCUAAAGUCAAAGUAAAUAUUUUAGACCAGAUUAUGCAAUAUCACUUGUGUUUAUACCCUUCUUCUAGGUCGAAUUUCUCUGAAGUUGAGGACAUUUCUGUGGUCCUAAAUAUAGAUUUGACCUGGACAAAGGUACCCGUACUUAAGUUUUAGGGGCAUCAUGACCUUGGCUCUCACUAAUCUAACAUGAAUUUUGAGGGAAAAAAAUCCUACAUUAAACUGUAAGAUAUAAUAAAUAACCUAUUUUGAAACAUUCUGUGUUCACAGUACCAGAGGUCUUUCUCAUAGACAAAAUGGCUAACAUGAUGAAUCAUAUAUUACUAUUAUAACUAUGGGAAAAAACUGUCAUUGAUUUGACAUUUGAAAAUUCAGCCAAUUAUUAAUUUGUGCCAGUUCCAUACAUACUUAUAAGACAUUGAAAGUGGUUGCAUUUCUUGUUAUUCAGAGGGGAGUGCAUGCCAUCCAGGGUUUAACACAUCGAAAUUGUAGAUUGAUUCCUAUACCAUCAGUGUGUCCAUGAACAGCAAAUGAACAAGUUCUGAUUAAAGUGUUCAUGUAUUAUUCAAAUAUGUCUCAAAAUAAUGAGAAAAAAAUUAUCUUUAAGAUACAAUAUUACAGAUCUUUGUAUACUUUCUAUCAUCUAUUAUAUGCAUAUGAUUAACUGAUUUAUUGUAGAAUUGGAAGAUUCUACUUACAGCUCCAUUGAUUAAUUUUUGCCAAAUUUGCGAAACCAAGUUGUACUUAUAAAUUUCAUACUCUGUACACAUUUUAAAUGGUUUGUAUUAGAAGUACACUUUACAUGUAUAUACCAUUGUUAUCUCAAGGUUGGUCUAUAUUUUGUUACUUUUAGGUUUUAAUAGUGAUAAUACGGUAAUAGGGUAUUUAUUUAGUGCACAUCCACAUUGUUAGGUGCUCAAGGCACUCUAUAAGCUUGGCUACUGAUUCUGGUGCUCAGGGCUGUGUAAGGAAAUCAAAUCAGCACCUAUCGGAUCGAUUUCUUGCUGAAGGAAAUUAUGCCUUGUGACUCAAAUCCUUAACCCUGUUUCAAAGUCCGGAGACUAAUCCACUGGGCCACAGUGCUUUACUUUUAGGGUCAUGAUAUUCAAAAGCCAAGUUUAAUGUAAUUCAAUUGAAGAUUUAUUUUUACUCUCAAUAAAGUGCUUUGAUACCUAUAAUUCCAUUCACCUUUUACCAAACUUCAAACAGUAUUUUAAAAGAGCUCUGUUACUAUGGUAGGUACGAGUAGAAAAAAAAAUAUUCUUGGCUGCUAUAGCAUUCUUACAAAGACAUUUUUAUUUUAGAAUUGUAAAGUACUUUGUCUUGAGAAAAUUGAGUAUAAUAUGAGUCUGUUUAUAAAAGUUCAGGUUAGAGUUCUCAACAUCUUUGUUCAAAAUGGUUUUAUAUUUUUUAGUAUUUUAAUCAUUUGUAAUUUUCCUUUAAUAAAGCUGAAUAUUUUCAUUUUGCUUACAAUUAUCUA